AUGCUGGACAUUAACGUUGACACCAAGGCGGGUCCUGCCGUCGUGCGCCUCGGUUUCCCGCCCUCGUCGCUCUUGACCUUCCCUCCUCGCGAGCUUCCCGAACCUCUUCCCGCUCCUCUGAUCGCCGAACCCACAUGGAUUCAGCCCUUCAACAUCCCUCCCGAACUCUACAAGCAGCUUCUGGACGUUCGCGUGCCUAUCACCAUCGCCAGCGUUUAUGCCGUUACCGUCGUCCUCCUCAAUCGCAUCAACAAAAGCCGCGGAUACAAGCCAUGGGGCUUCAGUCAAACACGCCUGUUCAAGCUGUUCGUCGUCCUCCACAAUGUUUUCCUGGCUAUUUAUUCGGCUUGGACUUGCGUCGGCAUGCUGCAGACCUUCCGCAACUCGUGGCCUCAUAGUGAAGAUUCUCACGGCCUGGUCGGCGUGGUUGACGCUCUGUGCAAGAUCAAUGGCCCUCGUGGCUACGGCAACGCCGCUAUCUACGAUUCCAACACCGAUCAGUGGAGACUGCCGACCUCCGAGUACAAGUUGACUGCUGAAGGCACUCCGGAUCCGACUGAUGUUGGCCGGAUGUGGAACCAGGGAUUGGCCUACCUCGGCUGGAUCUUCUACCUGUCCAAGUUCUAUGAGGUCUUGGAUACCGCCAUCAUUCUGGCCAAGGGUAAGAAGAGCUCGACCCUGCAGACAUACCACCAUGCUGGUGCCAUGAUGUGCAUGUGGGCCGGUAUCCGAUACAUCGCGCCUCCAAUUAUGAUCUUCACCCUGGUCAAUUCCGGUAUCCAUGCUAUGAUGUACACCUACUACACUGUGACUGCCUUCCGCAUCCGAGUUCCCGGCAUUAUCAAGCGCACCUUGACCUCGAUGCAGAUCACGCAGUUCGUCAUUGGAACCACCUGGGCCGCUUCCUAUCUCUUCGUCAGCUACACUCUGCCCGCCAAGUCCUCGACUGCGGGCGCCGUUGCCGCUGCUGCCACAUCCGUUGUCCAGUCGGCCGCUGCCACUGCCUCCGCCGUUGGACUCGCCCCCUGGCUGAAGAAGUUGGCUUUCCGUGCCGCUGGCGCCGAGGGCGUUGCCGAGAACGUCGGUUAUUCGUACGCUGAUGUCCCCAGCGGCUCGUCGGCUGCGUCUCAGUCUCGGGUGGGCCCCCUCGUCACCUGCAUGGAUACGACCGGCCAGGCUUUUGCCAUCUGGCUGAACGUGACGUAUCUUCUACCCCUGACCUAUCUGUUCGUGCGCUUUUUCGUGCGUUCUUACCUGUACCGUAAGGAGCCCAGCCAGGCGCACCCCACGCACAUGCAGGCUGCCGAAAAGGCCGGGCUGGAUGCUCUGAAGGGCGUUAGCCGCGAGAUCCAGAAGUCGGUUGAGAUGAGCGGUGAGGUCAGCACCGAGGACGAGGCUUUCAAGGCCCAGACACAAAAGCCCGGCGGAAAGAAGGCUCAGUCGCAGCUCACGGACAAGUCGCCCAUCCGGACCCGCUCGGGUGCCAACCAGAAGAAGCGUGGCACCAACGCGGAGUCGGAAAAGGGCUUCUCGACCGUUCCGCCCAAGAAGGGUGCCAAGCCCCAGACCAAGGAGGAAUUGGAGAGCGCGAAUGUCCCUGAUGCCAAGGACUCGAACCCUUUUGAGGUUUUGGACAAGGCUACUUAA